AAAUUUGUAAACAAUUUAAGCUAUCUGAAAUAAAUUUUGUCAAUUCAAAACCAAAAUCUAUUUAUUAUUAAGGAAUGAACAAUGUUACCUAGAUUAAUUAAUAUUGUUACCUUUAUCUGGUUCAUUUCAUUUUCAUACAAUUAUGGUUAUGCUGCAUUUCAAUGCCAAGAUGAUGGAUUUUAUCCUAAUCCAACUGAUUGUGGUAAAUUUUAUCGCUGUGUUCAUGGCGCUUCAUAUUCGUUCGAUUGUGGGCCAGGUACUCAUUACAAUCCUUCAAUAAUGACAUGUGAUUGGCCUUACAAUUCUGGUUGUCAUUCAUCUUCACGGGAGACAACUAAUCUUGAUUCGAGUGAAUCAACAUCAAUUCAAUACGCUCGCCAUGAGCAACCCAUUUCAUCGCGAUUCCACUCCAAUGAACCAAUAAUAAGAAGAAACCCGAUAAUGACAAGAAAGCCAGCUUAUUCGGCAACGACUAAUCAUCGUUAUGUUGUUCCAGUUUCUCACGCUCAAUACCAACAAAAUGAUAAUGACCAAACAUCAAUUCCACCGUUUUCCUCUUUUCCAGAUAGACGCCAAGUAAGCACAAAUACCGAGUCGACCGUAGAUCAAAAGCAAUCUCAAUAUAAACAAAUUGGUAAGGAAUCAGGAAACCGAAUAAGAAAGCCAAACAUUCAAAAAAGUGAAAAAAUGGUGAUGGAGCCAAAAAAUUUUUCUCCCAACCAGCUUUAUUAUGAUCCACAAACGGGCAUCUAUCAUCAAUUUCAUUAUGAAACAGGAUUUCCAAACCAAAAAAUUUCUUCAAAACCGAUGGGUCGCGCAUUACAAAAGGACAAAAUUCGACAGUCAAAAUUCGAUCAGAUUCCUAUUCGGUCACAAGAUUCUCUAAAUAAACUAAAUAAACAUCAUGAUGAUGUGAUUUCAGAUUCACAUUCACAGCAGAAAACGAUACGACCAGUUGUUUUGAAUCAACAAACUUUUUCUCAGACAACACCAAUGUAUUCUCGAAGUCAAUAUUUACCAAAUCAACCUAACAUUCGAUCAAAUUCAAGUCAAGCUGAUAUCGAAAAUCAUAAUCAACCAAAGCAAGUAAGUUACGUUGUUUACGCUAAUGAUGACCUUCAAGAUCAAUAUAAUCAUGAUAAUGACACAAUUGUCCGAAGACAACCGAAUCCUGAAACUAGUGAACUAACAACGACUUCGACAAUCAAAUCAAAAAAUCAGCGAAUUAGUACACAAGAUUCAAUUGCUACAAAUUCUGCAUCUGGGAAACCAAUCAAUGAAGAACUGUCAAAACAAAAUUCGAUGCAAAGUUUUGUCGUGUAUGAAGAUGAAUUGCAAGAAUAUUUAAGAAUAAAAGGCGCUUUUAAUUCACCAAUUUUCAAUAAAAGCAUUGGCGUUGUUUAUGAGAAUAAUCAUACAGAUGAUAAUCAAGAUAUAAUACAAGCACGUAAUAUAGAUAGUCAUCAAAUCUCAGAUAAAAUACUCACAACUGAUAAAAAUAAGCGGCCAUUUUCAAAACUUCGAUUGAAAACUGUUCCAUACGAACCGAAGAAUAUAUCAAGACGUGAAAAUGAUGACUUAGAAAAUCGAGUCGACACAUUAGAAACUACGACUACGGCGGCAGAUAAUAGUAAAUUAGCAAAUCGUCUUAGUCAUUUUAUCGCUACAUUUGAUCCGCGAAUAUUGAAUGCAUCAGAUACCACUACAAUAUCUCCAAUGGAACGAGAAUUAAAACUUUCAUCUAAAAAUGAUACUAUCAUCAAAGUUACACCAUCAUCCAAUUUAAACAAUACAAAUGAUCAAUUUUCGUACGUGAUAUAUGCUAAUGAAAACAAUAAUACCGAUCAAUUAAUGGACGAUGAAUUAGCUAAAUUGCUAGGAUUGAGACGAAAAUCGCCGGAUCUUAGAAAUAUGGAUACAAAUAAUUCGCAAAUUAACGAUACGAUUGCCCACUGUCCAGACAAUACAGAUUGCAAGGUUUCUAGAUUAGAAUCAGAAAAGACUGGAUCGAAUUAUCAAUGGCUCCAGAUAUCUGACCAUGGUUUAGAUAACCAAUAUUCAAAAAUUUUACAAACUAAACAAACAGAAUCACUACAAGAAUGUCAAAAAUAUUGUUGGCAAAUGUUGACUACUUGUGUUGGUUUUACGUAUAAUCAUCGUAAAAUGGAAUGCCGUCUUGCAUAUGAAUUGGAUGUACAAACAUCACUGACAAAUGCGUCAUCAUAUAGUGAUAGCAAUGAGUUUGCCACAUUUUUACGAGAGGAACCAACAUCAACCACCACUUUCCUUCAGCCAAGAUGGCAUCGAGCAUAUGAUUCUGACAUUUUGAUUGGUGAAAAUGUGCGACCAAUGUUGGCACAUUCAAUUGUUGAUUUGGUUGACGGUGAUGAUGGUCUUCAUUUGGAAAGAGUGAAAGCCGUCAAAAGUCAAAAUGGACUCUAUGGUUCAAUUGGCUUUAGUAAAACAUUUUUAGAUUGUCUGCAGCAAUGUAUUGGACAGCAACAUAAAUCCUGUGCAUACGUUUUGCAUCAUCGACCGACAGGUCUUUGUCUUAUUGAGCAUCAAACGGAUAAUGAACGCCAUCUUGAUGUUCUUUCUGAUUCAUUUAGUAUUCGUGCUGGUUGGACUAUUGGUGUUGCAAUGAUGGACCGAAAAUCCAAGAAUAUUGAGCCGGAUUUUGUCAUUGAAAAUAAACCUGUUUACAUUAGACUAUUCGAACAACUUUUGAUGGGAGAAGAGGAUCGUAAAUAUUUUCUUGGUCGUUAUCUUGAGCCUAAACGCCGAUUAACAAAUAUGACUGAUGUGCGGGAAUGUGAACAUUAUUGCACAGCCAUGACUGAUCCAAAAUGUCGAUUUGUAGCCGUUUAUGAAAAAGUGCUCGAUGGAGACAACAAUCAAACAAAAACUUGCCUCCUGUUCAGCGAUGAUUUGAUUCAAAUUCUUUACAAAUUGUUAAUGACUGAACGUGCUAGUAUGGCCAAAAGAGAUCUCGAAACAACUGGCUUAUUGGACAGACCAUUUGAGAGAAUGUCAUCUCCAAUUAUUGCUGCUCGUAAACGUCGUGAAAGAGAACUGGAACGUGAAAGAGAAAAUAUUAUUGAUGAUAAUUAUAAUGAACUGUUUGGAACAUUAGAAAUGUCAGCCUAUGUUUUUGAUACUCCUGAGCCAUUUCUUAAAUUUAACAUUCAUGACCAAGCAACAAUAAGAGAUUCUGAAUAUUCGGUUGCGCCAUCCUAUCAAGAAUGGUAUGAUGUUGACAGUGAAAAUCUUUGUUAUCGCCAUUGUUUCAAUUCGUGGUUACAAUCCGUUGGCAACAAUUCUCUUUCGAAGCAUGAUACCAAAAAAACUUUUGCAAAACCUUUAUGUAGGUUUCUUGUGGUUAAAUGGUAUAAACAGCAGGAUCGUCAUUUUAAUUGUACAUUUUAUGAAUUAAGUCCGAUUGCUUUUACGGAACAAUCUUGGUUCACAGUGCGAAAGAUGCCAUUAUCUGAUUUUUCUUUCGAUCACGUGAUGGAUUAUUUCAUUGAAACGCGUGACAUGCAAACAAAAGGUAAUCAGCUUCUAAGCGAAUUAACCAUGAGCGCUACCGAUCAAAAACAAUGUUUGUUCCGUUGUUUGCUCGCAAAUACAAUGGAUUUAUCAUCGGGGCAUAUAACUCAUUAUUGUCAAAAAUUACAUAUCGGAAAACUCAAAACUAAUCAUCUAAAAUGUCGUUUCUAUGGGAAUGUCAUAAAUAACAAACUUGAGACUGAUACGAUUCGAUUAUUUCGGUUACGUAGUCUACCUGAUCAUAAUAUUAGACAAUCAGAUUCUGGAUUCUAUUCGACUAUACCAGAAGAUUCAUUAGACGAUUAUUUUGCUACAGAGUCAUUCAAUGCUAGCGAUUCCCCAUCAGCAAAUCAUUCAACAAUUGAACGUUUGCUUAGCCGUUAUGAACCAUUAUAUCGUUUGAACGGAGAAACAAAUCCAAGAAACUGUCUUCGUCUGUGUUUAUUACUUUGGGCUCGAACUAGGUCAGGUUAUGCCGAUCCAGAUCGAUGCCGAGUAGUGUUGGCCAAGCCUGACAGAUCGAUAAACAGCAAAUAUGAAUGUAUGAUCUAUGAUAUUGAUAUCGAUGCACAAUUGGCGCAGAAAUCACAACACGAACGUUAUAAAAAACAAUUAUCCCAAUAUCCGAUCAAUGUAUAUCGAGUUUUAAGAAACUCCAGCCAAAAUGGUCGUCCCAAAUUAAUCAUGCAACUGAAUCUGACUGAAUAUGAAAUCAUGACUGACGAGCAAUCAAACGAAUUUGAUGCUAAAUGGAAAGCCCAAUAUCAUUUUAGUCGAGCUUUGAAUGCGAAAACUUGCUCACUAUUUCGUCCUAAACGUCAAAACUCUGACAAACCAGAAUCGAAUGGAUGGAUUAUUUUUGGUCGUCCAAUGUUUAUGUCCGAUUCGAUUCUUGCAGCACGUUUGUUGGUUCAAUAUGAGUGUUUGUAUUACGAUUAUUAUCCAAAUCAGGAUUAUAUAGAAGCGAUGGAUGUUCAAAAGAUACAAACACCGAUAGAUGAACAAGUGCUCGUCUAUCAAUUAGUCGAUACGGACACUUAUGAUUAUGUCGAACCAUCGAUUUACAGUCAAUCCUUGAAUUUCAUGCGGCAGUCGUAUCAACCUAUUCUGAUUGCUACAGAUAAUAUGACUACUGUUGAGGAUUGCUUAGGUCGAUGUUCCGAAUAUAAUUACUAUCGAACGAAUCAUCUUGAUCAAUGUCAAUUGGUAAUUAUUGAGCCCAAUCGCCGCUUAUGGAACAAUACCGAAGAUUAUCGUUGCCUGUUUUACAACUACAAUGUAACUUUACAACGAUAUCCAGAUCUAGAUUGGUCUACAUCUGUUGAAUAUUAUCGAUUACGUUCAAUACCAUCCUUCGUAACCACACGAUUUGAUUCCGACGAAAUAGUCGAUAAAUAUGAUUCCUUUGAACGAAUUGAAAAUGAAGAUGAAAAAGAAUCAAUCUCUAAAUCAAUUGUCAACAGCGGAAGACUGGCAUUCUGGCAUAUAUCUAACGUUACCGAUCGCCAUCAAUGCUUAGACCGAUGUGUUCGAACAUGGGAAUCAAAAUUGCUAUACUACAGUAAUCCAACAUUUUUGUCUUCGAAAUCAUCGAACUUUAUUCAAUCUCAUUUUUGUCGAUUGGUCAUAAUCAUACCGGUUCGACAAGCUGACCAACAAUUGCAGCAUUUUGAUUGUGCUUUCUAUGAAACUAAUUUUACUCAAGCCUUGAGUGCAUUUUUGGUGUCUCGCCAUAAUGAAAAAGAAAUUGGAGCGGAAUACAUACAGAGUCAAGAUGAUAGUCUUUAUAUGGCAGUCGAAUGGCCACUAGUUUCACCCAAAGUGACCGAUAAUACACUGAUGCUUAGUCGUCCAGUUGAUUUGGCUCAUUGUCUUCGUGAGUGUGACCGUAAAUCAAUUAACAGAUGUCAGGCACUAAUCACCCGAUAUGAAAAUAAUCGGUUGUUUCGAUGCUAUUUCGUUGGACUCAAUGAAUAUCUACCUGAUUGGGAAAAUCGGCCUUUGGUUAAUCCUCAAUCAAAACUGUUGCUCAGGUUGUUUACGCUCAACGCUAAUGAUGGAAAAAUUCCACAAAAUGAAAGCUAUAUACAACCAGAAUUACAAGAUCCAUAUUUGGCAAUCAUUGAUUCACUCCGUAAUUACCAACAUCAUUAGUAACAAUUUUGAUAAGUCUAGACUUGCAUUGUCGAAUCUAGAAUAAUAUAAUAAUAUGCAAUCAUUUACUGUAAUUAUUAAAU